GGGGUAUUUACGUAUUUACAAAACCCGAAAAAAAUAUAAAAUAACAAUGAUAAAAUGGAGAUAUUGUUGAGAUUUGUACCAACAAAUCCCUUUCGAUUGACAGCAUCUAGAUUAUUAUUAACUCAUGUAGCACAUUAUACAAGAUUAGCAGAAGUUGGAAAACUUGAAUCGCCGAAAACAUCUGGCAAAUAUGAUACAGGACAACUUAUUUUACAUAAAGUGUUUGGAUAUCGGGGGGUCAUACUAUUCCCAUGGUUAGCUCGAGUAUACGACAGAGAUGCUACCAAUAAGAAAGAAAAUACUGAUUCUUCGAAUACUGGCGAAACAUCCAGUGAUUCUUUGUCUAACGUUAGCAAAGAAGUCAAGGGCAGAACCCAUACAUUUUACCAGGUCUUGAUAGAUACAAGAGAUGCUCCAUACAUAACCGUGCAAUCGACCAUCGACAUGAGACCUGAAUGGAAAAAGAAGAGAGCACAGACAGAAGCUGUGACAUUUCUUGGCAACCAGGAGUCUAGUCGGAGCUUGUACGCCAUUCCUGGAUUAGACUAUGUAGCUCAUGAUGACAUCAUACCAUACACCUCUGUGGAGCGGGUUCCCUUGCAGCAUGAGCUCUUUGAUAAGUUCCUUAUGCAUAAUGCUGAUAAAGACCCACCGUUCAUAGCCCAAGAGACACUCCGCGCGUGGCAGAAGAAGAACCACCCGUGGCUCGAAUUGAGUGACGUCCACCGCGAGACGACAGAGGGCGUCAGAGUCACUGUCAUUCCGUUCUACAUGGGCAGCCGCGAGUCGCAGAACUCGGCUGUCUAUUGGUGGCGUUACUGCAUCCGCCUAGAGAACCUGGGCCCGCAAGCCGUGCAGCUGCGCGAGCGUCACUGGCGCAUCUUCUCGUUGAGCGGCACGCUGGAGACCGUGCGCGGCCGCGGCGUCGUGGGGCAGGAGCCGGUGCUGGCGCGGCAUUCGCCCGCCUUCCAGUACAGCAGCCACGUCAGUCUGCAGGCGCCCAGCGGACAUAUGUGGGGCACGUUUCGCAUGGAGCGCGAGGACGGGUACACAUUCGACUGCCGCAUCCCGCCCUUCUCGCUGGAGAGCAAACCCGACGAGGCCGCGCCCGCCGCACCCGCGCCCGCGUCCUGAGGGAUCUCUCGCAACUGAAGGUCGCGCCACUGUCAAGAAAUUGUUCAAAUUGACGAUGGAACAAUAUUUUUUUUAAAAUUGAGAAUAGUUUUGUUGCCAAAGUUAAAAACCACACAAAAUACAAUUACGUACUUAUAAAACUAUACUAAUAAAAACAACAUUUUUAACUCUUUCUUGACAGAAAAAUAGCACGCAAUAAAAUUAUUGUGAAGGACCUAGAAUUAUCAACAAAAUUUCUUCAAAUGGACGAAAUGUUGAAUCAUAAUAUUUUACCAAGUGUAAAAAAAAAACAAAAAACCAGACUAAAUCUAGUAGACAAUUGAUAGCGAAUUAUUACUCAAUUAAUAUUAUUUGUUUUCCUGGAUAUUAAUGGGUAGAUAAGCUGAAUUUUUGAAAUUACUGACAGAAUUAUUUUUAUUUCAAUCUGUGUUAGGUGGUGUUAUUCGCCAUUUCUAAAUUACGUGGAAAUGAGUACAAAACGUUUAUAAAACACCAGUGCAACAUAACUUUAAUAUCUUAAAAGGUAAAUAUUACACAUUGAAACUUGGAAAGUAGCUUGGAUAAUCUGAUUUCCCAAUAUAAUUAUGUGUAAAUAUUCUUGCAAAGAACAAAAUGUCAAACAUUGUUUUUUGUCAUAACAUACUCAAGUGUAGGUAAGUAAACUAAAGCGAAAAAAAAACGUGUGAGUCGAGAUGAAUUAUACUAUAGAUAGAUAUUGAACAAGUCCAUUUUUUCCACAGUUUUACUCAACAGAGAGACAGUUUAGGAACUUUUUGGAAUCCAAUGUGUAAUACACAAGCUUGUUUUCUGUACAGGUGCUUUGUUGAAUAGGAUGUGUUAUGUAGCAUUCCUCGAGACAACUGUUAUGAUAAUAUUAAUUUAUAUCCCGUGGAGUUGAUAGUAACAUUUUGUUCGUUCCAAAAUCCUUUAGUCAUUUUUAAAAUAUAUUUUCUAGAUCUGUAAUAAAUUACAGUAUUCUGUUAAUGUGUU